AUGUCGCAAUAUGGGCAGGCUUAUCAGCCCCACAUGUAUUCGCAGUCAUCGCAACGCAAUGAUCAACCCCAACAUGGCCGGUAUGCUCAUGCUCCACAGCAGAUGCAGCAGCAGUCCAUGCCGCCGAGGGGGGGUGGUGGUGGAGGAGGAGGAGGAGGAGUAGGUGGAGUAGGUGGUGGCGCAUACCAACAACCAUACAAGGGAACGCUGGCACCGGGCACAAAAGUCAAGGUUGGCAACAUCACCGUCACUGUAAAGCGCUAUCUUUCGGAAGGUGGAUUCGCCCAUGUCUAUCUCGUCACAACCUUACAACCCAUUCCCAUGCCUUCUUCAGUCACAGGAGCCAUUGACGCAUCCAUGGCAGCCAGUGCAACCGCAGGACGAGGCGAGACGGUCCACGUCCUCAAACGAAUGGCGGUACCAGAUAAAACUGCCCUCGCCGAUGUCAGAAGGGAAGUUGAGGUGCACAAACUCCUCCGCAACCAAGCCAACAUUGUCCACUUUAUCGAAGCUUCCGCUACAGCACUCCAAGGUGGAGGUUACGAGAUCUUCAUUCUGAUGGAGUACUGCUCAGGUGGUGGGAUCAUCAGUCUGAUGAACGCACGCUUGCGCGAUCGUCUACGCGAGGAAGAGGUACUCAAGAUCUUCGGUGACGUCUGCGCAGGUGUAGCUGUCAUGCAUCACCUCGACCCACCUCUCAUGCAUCGCGAUCUCAAGGUGGAAAACAUCCUCAUGGCUCCCUCCACCGAUCCUGGCACCAUCCCAGGCUCCCGCUCCACCUCUUCCAACCUCAAAGCUACUUUCAAGCUCUGUGACUUUGGUUCCGCCGCACCCGUCCUUUCUCGCAAACCAGCAAAGAGCAUGGAUGGAGUUAAACGUGUAGAAGCAGAUCUCAACAAGCAUACAACCUUGCAGUACAGAGCGCCAGAAAUGGUGGAUGUAUAUCAACGCCGUGUCAUUGACGAAAAAGCCGACAUCUGGGCUCUUGGUGUUUUGCUCUACAAGCUCUGCUACUAUACGACGCCAUUCGAGGAGAACGGAGGUGGUCCACUAGCCAUCUUGAACGUGCAGUACCGCAUACCGCCACAACCUGUCUACUCCGAGAAGCUCAAACAGCUCAUCCAUUCCAUGCUUAAAGAACAGAGCACGGAUCGUCCCACCAUUGAUCAGCUCAUCAUCAACGUUCAUCAGAUCCUCGGCACACGUCCCCCUCAGGCUGCACUUCAUUACGCUUCAGCUGCUGCCAGUGGGAAGAUUGCUGCACCUUUGCCCGCGCUUGUCAGCAAUGCCAAGGCAUCUACGAACGCCGAUCUUGCAGCUUCGCUUCACCAACCUAAGCCAGCAGUAGGCGGAAUGGAUGCCAACCUCAUCUCCAUCGGUCCGUCCAAGAAGGAGCUUGAGCAGGCAGAAGCGCGCGAACUCGAGCUCCAGAAACAGAGCAUCACGCCAAUGCGUCGCGGUAGACCCACCAAGGCGAACGCCGAGGCAUCCUCGCCGACUAAAAAGGUUGAGGAGGACAUCGUUGUAAAGAGCAGCUCCCUAGCACCAGAGCCACGUGCCAAGAGCAGCCCUCAGUGGGGUGUCCCCAACUCAUCCAAACCGUCAUCGUCUGGCGUAAAGACAGGACCACUCAUCGAAGGAUUUGGCGACUCCUUCUCCCCCUCUGCUCCGGCCACCAGCAGCAGCACGGAAAGCCCUCCAUCGUUUCCUAAGCGACCUGCACCACCUUCCGUGUCGCCAAACGCGAGCGGCGAUGCCACCUCGAAACCUUCGGACCGCGCUGUCGACAAGAAUCUGCUCCGCGCCUCGUCAAACUCGGAUGCUCCCUCGCCGGCGCUUUCCCCCUUGCGGCACAGUCCGGCAUUACCUGGCUUUUCCGUCGCUUCAAGUCCCGCCCCCUCACCCCUCCCACCUGGCGCCACUGGCGGCACCGGCAUAGGAAAAGGCGCACCAAGACCACCAAGCGGCGGCGCCUCAAGCCGGGACGAGCUCACAGACCGAUUCCCAAGUGUUGAAGACCUCGAUGCACAAUACGCUAUGCCGGCAGCGCCGAGUAGCAGUGCGCCGUCAUCUGCUCCUUUGAGCUUGGCCAGUGGUGGAAAGCAGGUGAAUGUUCCCGGUCUUACGAAUCGGGCCAGUGUCGGUGCAAUGGCUGGUCGAUUCGAGCGACCCUUGGAGCCGCAGCGACCAGGUGCACCAGGGAGCAGGGUAGCGCUUAGCAAGUCUGCAACCAUAUCUGCUUUCUCUUCCACCAAUGAGAGCGGGGCAGUAAGGAAAGGGAGAACAGGCAGCGUAUCGAAGAGGUGGCAACUGUCUGCUAUCGCUCAUGAUCGGUCGGGUAAAGAGCCAGAAUCGCGGCCUUCAGCAGCAAGCAAGUCUCCGGCUUCGAAGGAUUGGCUCACAGGCGAUGUUUCUGAUGACGAACCGCCUGCAUCGGAAAAGAAGGAGAAGGAGAAGGAGAAGGAGACUAAGAUGCUCGCUUCUCAGUUCAAGUCGCGCUCCAGUCCAGCCUCCACUGCAGUUUCGCGCGGAAAGGAGGUUGAUGCUGGCAAAGAGAUCGAAGUUGAAGAGCCCUCAUCUGACGAGGAUGAGCCUGCAGAACCGGAGGAAGCUGUUGCUCAGCGACCUGGUCUCCCACCACGACUCUCAGCUGAUCGACUGUCUUCCUUCAACCGCCGUCGCACCGGUGACGAGCCUCAGAAUGAUACCGAGGCAAAGGGAAAGUGGAGGAGCAAGCCCGAAAGACCACGCAUCACUCCCGGCCGAGUCAAGGCUCCAUCUUGGCUCGUCGACGCAGUAGAUUCGCCUACUGCAGCAGAGAGACUGAUAAGCUCUACCUCAAUCAGCUCGCAAUCGGAAAAGUCGGCGGCUUGCGAACUUGUCUCGCCGAUCACAGAUGCUACAGCAGCAGAACAACUAGAUGAGGCGGCAAGAAAGGCACAAGAUCAACUAGAGGAGCUCUUGCGUGGGCCUGCUGACGAAACAUCUGCUACUAAUGGUCUAGCUGAGCAGGGGAAAGCGGAGGAGAAAGGUCAAGAGUCUUCAUCAGUGACAAGUGUGGCCAAGAUGAAAGCACCUGCUUGGGAUGAUGACGAUGAGGAUAUGCAAGAGGAGAGGAGCGCUUUGUCCAAGCCUGAGAUCAUGGCUAAACCUGUGACUCUGUCCAAGAGCGGUGGUAAGCCAGAGUUGGAGUUGCGGUCGCAGACUGCUUCGUUGACACACAAGCCUUUACAGAGUUGUUCAGGCAUCACAGGUCGUUGGCAUCCUCAAUCGUCCACCUCGGCGCCUGUUGCUGAAAAAAAGGAGAAGCAGCUAGUAGAAGUGGCUACAUCUCCCGUCUCAAUUGCAUCCCCUACCUCUACCUCACCGCAAACCUCAGUGGACACUAUCAAAGAUGCUUUUUCUUCCUUCUCUCUCACCUCACCACCUCCCAAGCAGGCACCGCGACAAGAACCGAAGCUGAUCCGAGCAUCAACACUCGUCUCGUACGGUUCUUGCGAUACCUCGAGGAUUUCAAACCCCCCCUCACAGUCAGAACCAACGAUCAUGCAAGCACUCAAAAAACCCACACCUAUCCGUCCAAACAAAUCCGCUGUCCUACGUAGUACAGGCUUGAGCAAACCCUGGGAACGUGAAGCUGCACUUGGAGCUGUUGCAACGCGGGGUAGUAUUGUAAAAAACAGUCCACUCCCUGCUGCUUCUACUUCUCGUCUUCACAGUGCAGAUGGGGAUCAAGGUGGUAUAGAUGGUGUUGGAGCAGAGGAGGAUGAGGGUGGGGAAGGGGAUAGAUAUAAUGGUGUUUCCAGUUUGAUUAGUCGGUGGCAACAGAAUGUGGAGUGUAAUGCUCCUGGUUGGGGUCUUGUUGGUAGUAGUUUUCGUGCAGGGGAUAGGAGAGUGUAG